UCGUGCGCGCUCUCGCGACCGGCGUGCGCAAGCGCCCAGGGGCUUCGCAGCCGCCAUUACUCUCCCACUGCCGGGUCCUGCGGCCUGUUAGCAGAAGUCCGCAGUCAGGGAAGGAAGGUGCCUGCCCUGGAGCUAUGGUCCACGCCUUCCUCAUCCACAACUUGCGGGCUCCGCAGGCCCAGGACACGGGCCUUUGCCGAGUGCUCUACUCCUGCAUCUUUGGUGCCGAGAAUUCACCUGAUGACCCACGGCCACAUGGUGCUGAGAGGGACAGGCUCCUUCGAAAGGAGCAGAUUUUGGCUGUGGCCAGGCAGGUGGAAUCCAUGUGCCAGCUUCAGCAGCAGGCAUCUGGCCGGACCUCCGUGGACCUGCAGCUUCAGUCCCCAGAUGAGCCAGUGCCCCUGCAUGAGGCCCCCCAUGGGGCCUUCCGCCUGGCCGCAGGGGACCCUUUCCAGGAGCCUCGGACAGUGGUGUGGCUGGGUGUGCUCUCAUUAGGCUUCGCCCUGGUGCUGGAUGCCCAUGAGAACCUGCUGCUGGCUGAGAGCACACUCCGGCUGCUGGCACGCCUCCUUCUGGAUCACCUCCGGCUGCUUACCCCCAGCACCAACCUCUUGCUUAGGGCUGAUCGCAUCGAGGGCAUCCUUGCCCGCUUCCUGCCCCAUGGUCAACUGCUCUUCCUCAAUGACCAGUUUGUCCAGGGUCUGGAGAAGGAACUCAGUGCUUCCUGGCCCCGCUGACCCCUCACUGGGAUGGGGCUUCCUGAGGGGCAGGGAGGGAGGACAAGGAUGGAUGGACACACAGCCAGGUGAAUCUUGGCAUUGGCCUCCUUCCCAGCCUGCUCCCAGCUCUGCUGUGCUACCACAUCCAGGACAAGUGGACGGGACAAGCUGGCAGAAAAGAGGGCUGGGCAAAGGGUGGUGAGGAGGAAUCCCAGAACAUCCUGUGCCUGGAGCUGCCAUGUGACUCAUUUAGACUGCAUAGUGGACCAGUCUCACCUGUCCUUGACCCCAGUUUCUCUCAUCCCCGGCAGCCAGCCCCCAAAACAGUCCACCAGUUGCUAGUGUUGGAGCAUGAGGAGUGGAACUCAGCCCACUUUCUCCUUCCAAACCCAUAGUCCUCACAAUGCAAAAGGAACCUGAGACUCCCAGGGUGGGGGAGCUGGUUGCUGUAUUUGCACUCACUUAGGAAACAUUAUCAACAAGGAUUUUGUCAGUGAGGACCUGCUCAGUGUCCAGCCCCACCACAGUUCACAAAUGUGUCUGUCGUUCAUUCAGCAGGGGGAUUCUGUAGCUCUCUUUGGGCCCAUCCCUUGCCCACCAGGCAACUUCAAGAUAAUGCUAGGUUUCCUUUGUCUUCAGGGAGAGAAGAUACCAUCAGAUGGGUGCAAGAAGUCUAGCCAGGAUGAAGUUGUCUUUCUUGUUUUGAAUUAAAAGCACUGAUCGUGUGAUUUCAUUCUUCGUUUCUUAAAUGUCUGUUGCCAAGCAACUUACGUCAGUGGUUCUCAGAAGGAAGGGUGAGACAGCAGUCCCUGAGUGGCAGGUGACCAGCAACACAAUGCCCUGAGGCUGGUGAGGAGGCCGUGCUGACCAUGGGGGCUAAGGCCUGGAGGAGCCCCCUGCAGGAGGGACUGACUCACAAGCUGACAUGGACCAAGCCCUCUUCUGAGACCACUGAGAGGUAAGGUGAGCUCCUACCAGACCCUGUUAUGUCCAGAGAUCUCAUGUGGUUGGUCAAGGCUUCCUCUGGAAGCCAGAGGACUCAGAGGCCCAUUAUUUUAGAAAAGAAAAUACUAGAAGAAAAGACACCGGAGUGUCGCUAGCAAUUUUUCUUGAGUAGUAGCCUUAUGAGUACAGAUUUUGGUUUUCUUCAUCAGGCAUUUCUGGUUUUCCCCAUAUCGUGUAUACAAGCAUAUAAUUUUCCUUCAGCUUUACUGAAAAUAAAUUAAUUUUUUGGUAAUGAAAUUGGCAGUAUGAAAAAUAAAAUAGUUUAAAUAAUAACAGUUUAAAAACUUAUCUGAAACAAGGUUAUAAAGGCAGGGUUUAUACUUUAUUUUUCAGUCUUGGAGAGUUCCCUGAAGGGACUCAGACAUGAGAACAUUUCUGUUUUGGGGGCCCUCGGUCACUAUUCUCUGGGUCUGACUGUGCUCUCUGGGGGGAAAUGUGAGCUGGUGGUUGCUGAAUCAUCACAUGUGAGUCACAGCCCUCCUUGGAGCACUGGCCUGGGGACUUGGGCCACCUGUUAGGUUAUGAGCUUUAAAGGGGAGGAGUACUCCAAAGGCCCUCACUGGAGGGGGGUGGUACCUGGGAUAUAGAUCACUCUCUUGCCCUUCCACGAAUAAAUAGACAGUGAUCAAUAAACUACUCAUGGAGAAAGAGAGAGAGAGAGAGAGAGAGAGAGAGAGAGAGAGAGAAACCUAGAAACAGACUUUUAACUAUAGAGAACAAAUUGCUGGUUACCAGAGGGAGGGGGGGAUGGGUGAUAUAGGUAAUGGGGAUUAAGAGCACACUUAUUUUGAUGAGUACUGAGUAAUGUAUAGAAGUGUUGAAUCACUACAUUGUACACCUGAAGCUAAUAUAACACUGUAUGUUAAUGAACUGGAAUUUAAAUAAAAACUUAAAAAAAAAUAACUCUACUCAUGAAAUAGGGCAGAAUGUAGUCAACAGUAAGAGGUAAUUGAUAUAAAUAGCCAGAUAGGGUCUAAAUGAUUUUAAAUUUUAUUUCAUUUAAAAUUUUUUCAUUUUGAAAUAAUUUCAGACUUACAAAACAGUUGCAAAAAUAAUAAAAUAUUUACAUCUUACAUAGCCACAGUACGAUGAUCAAAACCAGAAAUUUAAUACAGAUAGAAUAUUACUAACUAAUCCAAGCCUUAGUAAAAUUUCCUCAGUUAUCCCACCAAUGUCCUUUUUUCUUUUUUUUAAUGUUUAUUUUUUUAUUUUUGAGACAGAGCACAAGCAGGGGAGGGGCAGAGACAGGGAUACACAGAAUCUGAAGCAGGCUCUAGGCUUUGAGCUAUCAGCACAGAGCCUGACGUGGGGCUCGAACCCACACACUGUGAGAUGAUCUGAGCCAAAGUCAGACGCUUUGGCUACCCAGGUGCCCCUUUUUUUUCUGUUUUGGGGUCUGAUUCAGGAUCCCAUAUUGUUUUCAGUUGUUACAUCUCUUUAUUCUUGUUUAAUCAGGAAUAGUUCCUCAGUCUCUCCCUGUCUUUCCAUGGCCUUGACAUUUUUGGAGAGUUAUUGUGUAGAUCACUAGUGAUAGAAACGCACAGUAUCUGUGCUGUACAACAUGACAGCUAUUAGCCAUACAAAAAUAGCAUUUGAAGUGUGGCUAGUGGGGCCGAGGAACUGAGUUUUACAUUUUAUUUAAUUUGUAGGAGAUGGCUACUGUGCAAAAUGGCUAGCGUAUUGAACUGGACAAAUGUUGAAUGUCCCUCAUUUGGGGUUUGUUUGAUAUUUCUUUGUGGUUGGCUUCGGAUUAUGAAUUUUGGCAAGCAUAUCAUAGAUGAGAUGAUGUGGGACCCAGAUAAAAGGUGGAAGAAGACUACCUAGACCAGGAUUUCCAUUGGGGUAACAUAUACAUAACAUAAAAUUUACCAUUUUAACCAUUUUUAAGUGUACAAUUCAUUGGCAGUAAGUACAUUCACAUUGUUGUGCAUCCAUCGCUACCAUCCAUCUCCAGAACUUUUUCAUCUUCCCCAACUGAAACUCUCUACCCAUUGAACACUAACUCUUCAUUCUCCAUUGCCCCAAGCUCCUAGAAACGACUACUCUACUUUCUGGCACUAUGAGUUUGACUAUCCUAGAUACCUCACGUGUGUGGAAUCAUACAAUAUUUGUCAUUUCGUGACUGGCUUAUUUAACUUAGCAUAAUGUUUUCGAAGUUCAUCCAUGUUAUAGUAUGUGUUAGAAUUUCCUUCCGUUUUAAGGAUGAGUACUAUUCUGUUAUAUGUACAUACCACGUUUUGUUUAUCCAUUCAUCCAUCAGUAGACAUUUGGGUUGCUUCUACCUUUUGGUUAUGGAUGUGUGUAUACACAUAUGCGUUCAUUUCUUUGGUAUGUAUCCAGAAGUAGACUUGCUGGAUCAUGUCGGAAUUCUAUUUUUGAAUUUUUGAGGAGCUGCCAUACUGUUUUCCACAGCAGCUGCACCAUUUCACAUUCCCACCAGUAAUGUACAAGGGUUCCAAUUUCUCCAUAUCUUUGCCAACACUUGUCAUUUUCUGUUUGUUUGUCUUAUGAUAGCCAUCCUAAACAUUUAUAUCUGCUAUAAACCAAAGGUUUAUGUUUCUUCCCAUUCAUAUUUUGAAACCUAAUCUCCAGUGUGAUGGUAUUUGGAGGUGGUAUCUUUGGGAGGUGAUUUGGGCCAUAAGGGUGAAGCACUCAUGAAUAGAAUUAGUGCUCUUUUAAAAGGGACCCCAGAGAGCUCCCUUGCCCCUUCCAACAUGUGAGGACACCAGAAGAAGAUUGUCUGUGAAGCAGCAAAUGGGCCCUUAUCAGACGCUAAAUGUGCUGGCACCUUGAUCUUGUACUUCCCAGCCUCCAGAACUGAGACAUAAAUGUUUGUUGUGAGCCAUCCGGUGUAUGGUAUUUUUGUUAUAGCAGCCCAAAGGACUAAGAUAAUACCUCAUUGUGUUUUUGAGGAAGCUGUAUUUUUUUUUUUUUU